CCCGGAUUGGCCGGCAAGGGGGCGGGCCGCAGAGACCCGACAGACCAUGGCCGCGGCUGCCCGUUCCCGGGUCGCCGACCUGCUGAAGCAACUGCAGCGGGCAGCAUGCCAGUGCCCAACACAUUCUCAUACUUACUCCCAAGCUCCUGGACUUUCAGCUUCUGGAAAAACAACAGAUUAUGCUUUUGAGAUGGCUGUUUCAAAUAUUAGAUAUGGAGCCGGAGUUACAAAGGAAGUGGGCAUGGACCUGCAAAACAUGGGGGCUAAAAAUGUUUGUUUGAUGACAGACAAGAACCUCUCCCAGCUUCCUCCUGUACAAACCGUCAUGGAUUCUCUUGUAAAGAAUGGCAUCAACUUUAAGGUUUACGACAGUGUAAGAGUGGAGCCGACUGAUAGCAGCUUCAUGGAAGCUAUUGAGUUUGCCAAAAAGGGAGCAUUUGAUGCCUACGUUGCUGUGGGUGGCGGUUCCACCAUGGACACCUGCAAAGCUGCUAAUCUCUAUGCGUCCAGCCCCCAAUCUGAUUUCCUGGAUUAUGUCAAUGCACCCAUUGGGAAGGGACAGCCAGUUAGUGUGCCUCUUAAGCCUCUGAUCGCAGUCCCUACUACCUCAGGAACUGGAAGUGAAACUACCGGAGUGGCCAUUUUUGAUUAUGAACACUUGAAAGUGAAAACUGGCAUUGCUUCCCGAGCCAUCAAACCCACGCUGGGACUGAUUGAUCCUUUGCACACCCAGCACAUGCCUGACCGGGUGGUCGCCUAUAGCGGCUUCGAUGUGCUCUGCCACGCCCUGGAAUCCUACACGGCUCUUCCCUACCACAUGCGGAGCCCCUGUCCUUCGAAUCCCAUCACUCGCCCAGCCUACCAGGGCAGCAAUCCAAUCAGCGACAUUUGGGCAGUACAUGCCCUGCGGAUUGUUGCAAAGUAUCUGAAAAGGGCUGUCAGAAAUCCUGAUGAUCUUGAAGCAAGAUCUAAUAUGCAUUUGGCAAGUGCUUUUGCUGGCAUUGGCUUUGGAAAUGCUGGUGUUCAUCUGUGCCAUGGAAUGUCUUACCCAAUUUCAGGCUUAGUGAAGACAUAUAAAGCAAAGGAUUAUAAUGUGGAUCACCCACUGGUGCCUCACGGCCUUUCCGUGGUGCUCACAUCUCCAGCUGUGUUCACGUUCACAGCCCAGAUGUCUCCGGAGCGGCACCUGAAGACAGCAGAAAUCCUGGGAGCUGAUACCCGCACUGCCAGAAGCACAGAUGCUGGGCCUAUUUUAGCAGACGCACUCCGGAAAUUCUUAUUCGAUCUGGAUGUUGAUAAUGGUCUGGCUGCCAUUGGUUACUCCACAACCGAUAUUCCUGCAUUGGUGAAAGGAACACUGCCCCAGGAAAGGGUCACCAAGCUUGCACCACGCCCUCAGUCAGAAGAGGACCUUUCUGCUCUGUUUGAAGCAUCAAUGAAACUUUAUUGAUUAUCAUUUUCACCGAAAGAAUUACUGGGGAGUUGCCAAAAAACACUGGUCAUGGUAACACUAAAUAACAAAAGUUGAUCUAGUCAGAGCAAGGUCUUCUCAUCUUUAUCCAUAACUCAUCUCUUACUAGUGUGAAUGUGACUGACACCCAGCAGAAGGUACUCUGAUGUUCAGCGUCAACUCACUUCCAUAAAAUGGGCCAAGGAAAUAUCCAGUAUAUCAGAGCAUGCACAAGACUUCAAGGGUUCAUAUUUCUACCCCCAAUCAGGAAGACUGCACCUCCCCUACCAUAUACCAAAUGGUAAUAAUACAGCAUCUAUAAAAAAAUUCCAGUGCAUAUACACUAUACCAAUAAUCUUAUGCCAAUAAGCUAUUUAAAUACUAGCACAGAUAUGUAAAGAAAAUGGCAAGGAUAUUUCUGGCUGCAGUGUAUCCAAUAAUUCAAAUUGACAGAACCUAAAUAUUUACUAAAAGUAUGCAAUAAAUAAAUCAUAGUAUAUU